AGAAAACAUGGGAGAGACGGGGAGCAAGGUGGUCCUAAGAGAGACGUCUGUGGAUGCGGUCCAGCCCCAGCCGUCUCCAGGACUUGCCAUAGACGGGUUAACCAAAACCAGCAAGAUGAAGGUGAAAUGGACUCAGCUUGGCCUGGUGUUUUUCUUACUGCUGUCCAUCAUCAUGACUUCUUGCUUCAUUUGGCAGUACCAGCUUCCCAAGUUAGUUCUAGAAGAAAGUGCUGGUGAAAGAUCCAAAGCUGUGAGAAUGUGCCCUCGCUUCCCGGAGCCCACACCUCUUGAACACCCCAUCCCCUCUUUGAAGGAGGCGCUUGAGAAGGUUGAUGCACUGCUGCGCAAUAGCAUCAAUCCAGUCAGUCUGCCCUCAUUGUCAGCAAUUGUUACUUACAAUGACACAGUACUAUGGACAGGCAACUUCGGCAAGAGAAAUGGCAGUGAUCCUACUUCCGCACCGCCAAAUGAAUACACCAUUUACAGGAUUGCCAGUGUAUCCAAGAUCUUUCCCACCCUGAUGCUGUAUCGACUGUGGGAAGAUGGCAAAGUGGGCUCUCUGGAUGACCCACUGGAGAAGUAUGUGGACAACUUCACCAUUAAAAACCCCUUGGGCAAAAGCAGAGAUUCAGAGCUGAAAUACGUCACUGAUGGGCUGAUCUUCCUUGACAGCGGUGAGGUUCAAAUCCGAUCGUCCUCUGUAACAUUAAGAAGAAUGGCCAGCCAACUUUCUGGUCUACCCAGAAGACUCCGUGGAACUAACUUACUGUGGAAAGGGAAAACUAAGGCUGCAAUCAACCUCCUGCAAGAUGAUGUGCUCGUUGCUGAUCCAGGAACCAAAUGCCACUACAGCAAUUUGGCGUUCUCUUUGCUCGCCCAUGUCCUAUCUGAGAGAGUUGUGGGUAUUAACUACCAGCGCUGGAUCACGGAUAACAUUCUGGGCAGGCUGGGAAUGGAGGACACAGGGUUUGACAUCAACCCAGCUAUCCAAGGUCAAAUGGCUGUAGGUGUGUACGCCAGUGGCCAAACGGCUCCUCUUUAUGACUUGGGUUGGUACCGCCCCUCCGGUCAGAUGUAUUCAACAGCUGCUGACAUGGCUAAAUUAUCAAUGAUGUUACUGGGAGCCUAUCACCGCAAGCUAUUGGAGCCAGACACUUUAAAAAUUAUGCUAACCCCUCUGUUCCGCUGCGACAAAGACUACUUCUCCAACCGCACUGGAACGCCGUGGGAAGUGAACGAACAGAUGGGAUAUGAGGUGCUACGCAAAGAUGGUGAUCUAGACGGCUACUCCGCUACUUUUUCUCUGGUGCCUCGGCUUAAGCUAGGAUUGGUAGUGCUCAUGGCAGGCACGCGGCCACAGAACCAGGAUAUGGUUUCAAAGGCCUACUCGUAUAUCAUUCCCGCCAUGGAGAGAGCCUUCAGGGAGGCCAGGCGCUUUCUUAUUCCUCCCCCCAAUCCUGCACCCUACGUGGGUUUUUACACUUACGGCAACAUAACGUUUUAUGAGAUUAAAGCGGGGCAGGAUGGUGUAUUGAUCAUGCAACAGUUUGGACCUCAAAUAGAAGAUCUCAUCCCUGAGCGGUACCGGACCAUAAAAUUGAAUUUCCUAGUGGACCGAGUCUUUAGAGUCGUUUUUGAGAAAGAAUAUCCUUGCGUGUUGCGUGUGAACACUGCAUCCGUGUCCCUCGAAGCUCAAGACGGCCAGCUGUUUAACUUUUAUGUCUUUGACAAGAAAGGCUUGUCUCCUGGAUUUGACGCUCCAGGGCUCAAUACAUAUAAUGUGAUUCGAAUAUCCCGCAGACCUACGUUCUCUAACUGA